AUGACCCACCUGAGCAGACGACAAGCACGCGCGAUCACCGGGACUACAAAGGGCGUCUACGCGGAUUUUAUGAAAGCUAAGGGUCGCCCUGAGGUUAUCCAGGAGCUGGGUGACGACGCGAGACUAUUUUGGUUUGGACCAAGGAAAGCUGAUCGCGUUUUGUUGUUCUUCCAUGGGGGUGCGUUUCUCUUUCCUGCACUCUCGUCGACUCCAUGGCUUUGGGAUCAUGCUCAAGAUAUAUUAUCAAAAAGAGGUGUAGAAUUUGACAUCGCGAUGUUGAAUUACACUCUGAUCCCUGAUGCGCCCUUCCCAACCCAACUCAAGCAAGCUGUGCUUGCCAUACAGCACCUAAUAGACACUGGUAUCAAACCCUCUCACAUCCAACUCACAGGUGACUCGGCCGGCGGAGCACUCAUCCACCAGGUACUCUCUCACAUCUUGCACCCGCUUGCGGGCGUCCCAGAAUUGUCCCUCUCAGAGCCUCUGGGUGGGGCGUAUAUGAUGUCCCCAUGGACAAGUCUCACAGACAGCUCUUUGCUAAGAAGCAACCAAGGACGGGGAGACCUCGUCAGCGUGCCUAUCUUCACAUACUGGGGAUCCAUUGUCCUUUCUGGCGUCCCCACACCCGACCUUCCGUACAUUGACGCGUACUCCGCACCUCAAUCCUGGCUCGAUGGAUCGGAUAAAGCAAUUAAGCGAAUACUUGUUAGCGCGGGAGAGCAUGAGAUCCUGCGGGACGCUAUAGUGGAUUAUGCGAAGGAGAAGCUUGGAAACCAUCACAGAGAUGUUGCAUUUUACUUGGAGGACAAGGGUGUCCAUGAUCAGCCGUUUCUGAACUUUUUGACUGGGGAUAAAGAUACAGGAAAACUGACAUCGUUUAUUAUCGACUGGUUAGAUAAUGGAUUCUGUUCCUGA